CUUUUUAAAUUUACUUUAAAGUACAUCCACACUGACAUUCCAUUCGCAUUUCAUUGAUUCGGUGAAACGCGCGUCGCUGCUUAAAAAAAAUAUUCGAUUUAAUGUAAUAUCUAAACCAGCUCUAAAUAUUUUUUUAAAGCUAUAAAAAUAUAAUAUAAAAAAAUUAAAUUAAAAGUCAUGAAAAAAUUAAAAAUCUGUAAUUUAUUAAAUUAAUAAAAAUGAUAACGUAUAAGUAUUAGUUUGGCUGUAUGAUUUUUUAAAUUUAUUUAUUUGAAAAUAGAAUCACACAAUUCUUCUGCCGUAAUUGAGUGACACCGUAUUGCAUCAGUGAUAAAAACUUUAAAUACCUUCUUAAAAAGACUAUGACAGAAAAUAUUUUAUUAUAAAGUGUGAAAAGGAUUGAAGAUUAAAGCGCUUGUUAGAAGAUGGAGGUCGCUCAAGCCCCUUUGCAGCUGACCCAAGAUCAUCAAGAUGGGAGGAUCGGAGGUGACGACAGCACCUCACCACUGCGAUGGUCACCACCUACGUCAGCGGCGCUGGUGGCUGCAGCCCUGGCCCCACCUGCACUGAGACCCUGGCUCCCCGACCCACCCACGAAGAAGACCAGCCACUUGGGGUUAAUCUGUGUGGUCUGCGGGGACACCAGCUCUGGCAAGCACUACGGAAUCCUCGCAUGCAACGGCUGCAGUGGUUUCUUCAAGAGAUCUGUCAGGAGGAAACUGAUCUACAGAUGUCAAGCGGGUACUGGUCGGUGCGUGGUGGACAAAGCCCACAGAAACCAAUGCCAGGCCUGUCGACUCAAGAAAUGCCUCGCGAUGGGCAUGAACAAGGAUGCCGUGCAAAACGAGCGUCAGCCGCGCAACACUGCCACCAUCAGACCUGAAGCGCUCCGGGACAUGGAUCAAGAACGAGCUCUGAGGGAAGCUGCCGUCGCUGUGGGCGUGUUUGGCCCUCCAGUGUCCCUCGCGAUGGCGCUGUCUCCGGCGCGGUACCCGCUGUUGUCGCCGCAGUACGCGCCGCCGCCUCAGCCGCCUGCACAGCCAGACUCCUCGCGGGACAACGACGACCGAGCUCAUAGUGAUAGCGAUGACGAUAGCAUCGACGUAACGAAUGAAGAAGACUCGUCUUCGUACUCGCCUCCGGUACCAAGCUACCCGCAGAGCUGUAUCCCUUACAGACCUCUGGGAGUAGAGAGUGCUGCGGAGACCGCGGCCAGGUUACUCUUCAUGGCAGUCAAAUGGGCUAAGAAUUUGCCAUCGUUCGCCAGCCUUGCUUUCAGAGAUCAGGUGAUCCUCCUGGAAGAGUCGUGGUCGGAGCUGUUCCUGCUGAAUGCCAUACAGUGGUGCCUCCCGCUGGACGCCGCCUGCGCUGCUCUCUUCGGCAGCGAACAAACAGACCAAGAGACGGGCACUAGUUCUGCGACGCUGCGUCGCUUGCGCGACGUGUUGGCGCGGUACAGAGCUGUGUUCGUCGAUCCCGCCGAGUUCGCUUGCAUGAAGGCCAUCGUGCUCUUCAAGUCUGAAACCAGAGGUCUCAAAGAUCCUCUACAAAUUGAGAACCUGCAAGACCAGGCGCAAGUGAUGCUGAUGACCCACGCGAGGACCGCACACGGCGCCGCGCCUGCCAGGUUCGGGAGGCUGUUACUCCUCCUCCCACUCCUGCGCCAGGUCUCCCCCCAGCAUCUAGAGAGGGAGUUCUUCGCGAAGACCAUCGGACAAACGCCCAUGGAGAAAGUUCUCGCAGAUAUGUAUAAGAAUUGAAUUUCGCCUUUUUACGCAGUUUUCGCAUAUUUGCCGAUUUACGCAAAAAUGCGUAUUUUUAUGUGUUUGUGUAUUUAAGAUAAUGCGUAAAUAUAUAGUAUUCGUGUUUGUAUAUUUCGCUGAUGAAACAGUUUUUAUGCGAACAUUAAGUAUUUAUCAAAUAAGAUAACGUUACCAAAUGUGAUUUGUUAAAAACAUUUUUUUUUUUUAUUGUGUUCAUUAUUUUAAUAGUUUAUUUUACGUUAUGAUAAAUCAAUUUUUAUUUUUCUACAAAAUAUUUUUUUUAAUUCUACGAACCCAUUAUUUUAUAGUCUAUUUACGUUUAAAAUAAUAUUAUUUAAUACAGGGUCAUUUAGACAUGGCGUUACUAGAUGAAAUCACAUAUUUAUCUACUUGGAAAUAACACUUUACAAUAAGUUACUUGAGCCGUAGAUGUAAAAUAAAAA